AAACAUACUAAGACCUGCUAAGACCUUAAAUUAAUUAUUUAUCUGCUUUACAGCUGUUGUUUUACUAUUAAUGGAUCUUAAGAAGUUCGAGGACGCUUUUGACAGCAUGAAUUAUGAUUUGAAGAAUAAAUUGAAGAUAAAUCUUCAAGGUCUGUGCGCGUCAGUCAUUGUCACUGAGUCAGCUGAUUUGGAAACCGCUUCUGACUUUAUUGCAGCAUUACUAGAUUCAGAAGAUACUAAAAUACUCAAUACUGUUUUGAUCCAAGAAUCACUCAGUAAGAACUUUACAGAUUUGCUUGUUAAAAAGGUCAAAACGUAUCCAGCAAACGAUGAAAUCACCAAGUUGUCUGGAAAUGGAUUUGAAGUGAUUGGAAAUAGAAUUGUCAAAUGUACACGUAGCAUGAUUAACGAUGAAAAGUCUUCAACCAUAUCGAUGGAAAUUUUCAGAACCACAAAGGAAGCAAUUGGACUAUCUAAAUCUGCUGUGUCUGUUGGUUUAUGGUGUGAUAAAUUGUCAAUCGUUUUUGAAUACGUUAAUGCACUUGGUGCUCAGCAAAUUUGGCUCAACUCCUCAUUCGGAACUGUUAAUUCCAAAAUUCCAUUUCUAUCUUCCAAUGAAGUUGUCUGUGACGAUUGCCUGAAGAAGUCUAUUGCAGAUGGCAGUCAACAGAACGCUUUAUUUGAAGUAACAGGAAAUGUUCAAUUCCAAACAACAUUCCAAAAUAGCAAGUUUAAGAGCGUCGUCAUUCCUUUUGGUGAAACAUUCGCUAAUUAAUCUCUUCUCAUCGAGAUCCUGCAAUAUUAGUACCUCGAAAUUCUAUAGCAACACUCAUGAGGUCAUUUAUGCUUAGUUAUUUAUACUUUGUUCACCAGAAAGUAUGUGAUUUGCAUGUUAUUUUAUAUCUAUGACCUAAAUUUUGUACAAAAGAGACAAAAGCAUUUAAUAAAUACCUGAAACUUGCAUAUUAAUAUCUAUGCUCAAGGCUUUGAGUCGGUUUUGCAUUAAUUAACGUUCUUAAGGUUUUGGGAAUUGAUAGCAAAGCUUAUAAAUAGAAUUGGGACAAGCAUCUUCGAUUUUAUUUCAUUAUUGCAAAUAAGUUCAAGGCAAUAUCUCAUACCUUUAAUAUUUCAAGCAUGCAGAGUAGAAUAAAGUAAAAUAUGA